UUCCAUACAGCUGUAUUUACAUACACACUCAAAAUCCAGGAAGCGGUUGUCAGUUUGUUGGACGUGCUACUUAGGCAAAAGGAAUGCCAACGUAAAAGCAAAAAGGGCAUCCAUAUCCAUUAAAAAAUGGAUUUUUCCAAGUUUUUGAAUGAUGACUUUGAUGUAAAGGAUUGGGUGAAUGGAGCCUUUAAAACAGUCCAGAAAGAUGCCCCUGGGAAAGUAGAUAGCCAUGCUGCUACUCUUGUCAUGAAAUUACAACUUUUCAUUCAAGAAGUUAACAAUGCCAUUGAAGAAAGUAGCCACCAAGCACUUCAGAACAUGCCAAGAGUGCUUCGGGAUGUGGAGGCUUUAAAGCAAGAAGCAUCCUUUCUCAAAGAGCAAAUGAUUCUUGUUAAAGAGGAUAUAAAGAAAUUCGAACAGGAUACUGUGCAGUCUAUGCAGGUCCUUGUUGAAAUUGAUCGAGUGAAAUCCAGGAUGCAAGUGGCUGCAGAAGCCCUUCAGGAAGCAGACAAAUGGAGUACGUUGAGUUCAGACAUUGAAGAGACGUUUAAAACACAGGACAUAGCUGCAAUCUCUGCAAAAUUAACUGGCAUGCAGAACAGUUUAGCCAUGCUCGUGGACACUCCUGACUAUUCUGAGAAGUGUGUGCACCUGGAAGCUUUGAAGAACAGGUUGGAGGCAAUGGCCAGCCCUUCAAUUGUGUCUACUUUUAAUUCUCAUUCUGCUGAUCAAGCCAAGCUGUUUGUAAAGGUCUUUAGUGAGAUUGACAGGAUGCCUCAGCUGCUCGCUUACUAUUACAAGUGUCAUAAGAGUCAGUUACUGACUGUAUGGCAAGAUCUCUGUCAGAGCGACCUGAAUCUUGACCGGCAGCUGGCAGAGUUCUAUGACACGCUGUUGGGAACCUGGCACUCACAGCUACAGUGGAGUUCUCAGGUUUUUAAGAAUCCAUAUGAAGUUGUGACAGUUCUCCUAAUUCAAACUUUGGGAGCCAUGGUGCCUUCAAUCCCAGUUUGUUUGAGUACAGGAAUGGAAAGAGCAGGACAGGAAUCUAAGUUAUCUGUUUUGCUUGAACUCUAUGAAACUGCUUCCCAUUUUGCCAAAGCGCUUGAGGCUGCCAUGCUGCCACAUCUUGGUGAAAGUAAUCCUCUUAAAGUGAAUGAAUUGGUUGUAGCUGUAUAUGAUCCAUUUACUCCAUACAGGCUACAAUUUGGAGAACUGGAAGAAUCUAACCUUCUUAUUCAGAUUAGUGCUGUGCCAUUGGAACGCGGAGAAGUGAUUGACUGCGUGCAGGAGCUAAACCACUCUGUAAAUAAGCUCUUCAGCUUGGCUUCCGCAGCAGUGGAGCGGUGCAUCAAGCUGACUGAUGGGCUUGCAGUGCGUGGCCUCAUGAAAGCUUUGAAGGCACUGUUUACAAAGUAUGUGUCUGACUUUUCAAAUGCACUUCAGUCUGUGAAGAAGAAAUGCAAACUAGAAGACCUGCCAAAUGGCUCUUAUUUUCAUGAAGAUUGGACAGCAUUCCAAAACUGCGCCAGAAUUAUCGCAACUUGUGGUGAACUACUAAGACAGUGUGGAGCCUUCGAGCAACAGCUGGCAAACAGGAUUUUGUCAACCGCUGGAAAAUACCUUUCUGAUUCAUACAGUCCUCGAAGCUUAACGGGUAUCCAGGAGGCCAAUCUGAGUGACAAAAAGAGUAGCAUCAAAAACCCCUGGCAAGACUACAAUUAUCUAGCUAAAGGAAACCCAGCUGAAUAUGCUGACUUAAUGGAGAUGAUCUACAACCUAAAGGAGAAGGGAACUGGAAGCUCAAGCCUGUUGACUGAACCACGUUCUGCGCUAAUGCGGCUGAACCAGCAAACUCAUCAGCUGGCCUUUGACUCAGUUUUCCUAAGAAUUAAGCAACAGCUUUUCCAGGUUUCAAAGAUGGAGAUCUGGAGCACGGUUGGCACUGGCGAUACCCUGACAGAUGACCUGCCAACUUUUAGUCUCGCCCCUCUUGAAUACAUUACAAAUAUUGGCCAGUACAUUAUGUCACUACCGCUGCAUUUAGAGCCUUUUGUCACGCAAGAGGAUCCAGCUUUAGAGUUGGCAUUACAUGCUGGGAAGCUUCCAUUUCCUCCAGAGCAAGGUGAUGAUUUACCUGAGCUUGACAACAUAGCAGACUGCUGGUUGGGGUCUAUAGCAAGAGCAACAAUGCAGACAUACGGUGAUGUCAUUCUACAAAUCCCAGUCUUGACUCCACACUCGACCAAACAGUUGGCCACAGACAUCGAUUACCUCAGUAAUGUGAUGGAUGCUUUGGGCCUGCAGCCUUCACGGACUUUACAACACAUGUUGACCCUUCUGAAGGCCAAACCUGAAGAUUACAGACAGACGGCAAAAGCCCUGCCAAGACGAAUCGUGUCCACCAUUGCAGCAAUGAGAAGCAUUGACCAUUAUGUUUCAUAAAGGAACUUUGUUCUGAAGAUGAUUUUUCUACCAAGGUUUUAUGUUAUCUGUUCACUGAUCUGUAUUGUUUUUCUUUUCAAUCAUAAUGUAAAUAUGAACCUAAAUAAAAUAAAUGUAUAUGGGCAUUUUA